CCUUCGAAACGGUUAUCGUCUGUAUCGUUAUCGUCGUCGUUAUCGUCGGAGGAGAACAGAUUCGAUGGCGAGGUUGGAAGUAUGGGGAGAUGUUACGGAUGUUUUUUGGGAUCAGAAGAGGUUAUGCAGCGCCAAAGCAGCACGGGAGAGGAAGAAGGUGUCGGGUCUGACUGAUGGAUGCCCUGGGCCGUGGCCGGCGAACGGGACAGACACACCACCCGUUGCUGCUAACAGUUAUUAACAAGCACCACGCCGCACGCCGCACGCCGCACGCCACAUGCUGCACACACCACCACACACCACGCACCAUACGCGCAAGGACAAGGCCAUACUCAAACGGCCAACAUGCUCCAAGCGGCUCUGAUAUCGCUGAGGUGGUCCAGUCCACUUUUUGCUCCAACGUAGCCACUGGGGAGAGACACUGGGCCCGCCAAAUCAACCUGAGCGGCCACGAGGGGGGAAUCCCUGCGAUACUGAACAAUACGGGCAGAACUAUGUCAUGGAACGGUCCCCCUCCUGUCACGCCUACCGUCUGGCUCCGUCCCAACCUCGAACCGCGCCAACGCCAAUCAUGGACGUGCCGUCGUCCGUCACCCGUCAUAAGCCUCCCUGUUCCAUCCGGCCAGGCCAGGCCUGCUAUUGUCUUCGAACAUUCAACCCGUACAGCGUCAUUGUAUUAGUGUCUGACCGUGCUGGAACGUUUGGCAGCUCAACUCCGCUCUACCACCACUGUCCGUCCCCAGUCUCUCAGGUGCUGACCUUGCACUAAGGUAGCACGCGGGGGACA